GAAACAAAGAGAGAAAUGUUAAACUAUGUUGAAAAUAUGAGAGAAGUUAACCUUCCUCAAGUUGCUGAUAAAGGAUUACGGAAGAAGAAAAAACCAGUAGCUACUGUCGCCCCGACAACAAACCUACCACAGUUGAAUGGGGUCGAUCCUGUCCAGCUAGUUAAUGCCCGAUGUAAGAAUCAUAACUAUGCAAAGGAUGACAGUUAUACGUUGAACAAGAAACCAGCUCCUCAAUUGCCAGAAUUACAAAUUAAUAGUCGACUGGAAAAAUCUCCCAUUUCUCCUGACGUAACAAGCAACAGUUAUCAUGAUAUCACCGAUAGAAGCAAUUGUCAUUUGGAUCAUUAUGGCAAUCAUUUGCCUUUAACGCCGGCAGAAUCCUUAAGUCUAUACAAAGAUAGGUUAACAAGUUAUGAAUACUCAGAGAUCUUUGAUUAUCCGGAGGUUUGGUUUCUUGGACUUGAUGCCAAGAAAAUUGAUGGUUGUCCUGGAAAACCUGGAAAUUGUGGAUAUGACGAUGAAAAUGGAUCAUACCUGAAGGUAAUGGGCGACCAUAUUUCCUACAGGUAUGAGAUUAUUGAAGUACUCGGUAAAGGAUCUUUCGGCCAGGUAGUGAAGGCCUACGAUUACAAAGAUCAGGAAGAAGUUGCCAUUAAAAUCAUUCGAAAUAAGAAAAGGUUUCAUCACCAAGCUCACGUGGAAGUCAAAAUUCUCGAACACUUAUUAAAAAAGGACAAAGAUAAUCGAUACAACGUGAUUCACAUGGGAACAUACUUCUAUUUUCGCAAUCAUCUUUGCAUUACAUUUGAAUUAUUAGGAAUGAACCUCUACCAGCUAAUCAAGAGAAACAACUUCCAAGGCUUCAGUGUCAGCUUAAUACGAAAGUUUGCUAUUGCCUUACUUCAUUGCUUGAAACUGUUGCACAGAGAAAAGAUCAUCCACUGCGAUCUAAAACCAGAAAAUAUUUUACUGAAACAAAGAGGUCAGAGUUCCAUAAAGGUUAUAGACUUUGGUUCUAGUUGUUAUGAAUACCAGCGAGGAUCUAACUAUCAGGAUGGUGAGUCAGUUUACACUUAUAUACAAAGUCGUUUCUACCGGUCCCCAGAGGUAAUUUUAGGUAUUCCAUACACGAGCCAAAUUGAUAUCUGGAGUUUUGGUUGUAUUCUUGCUGAGCUCUAUACCGGUUAUCCUCUGUUCCCUGGUGAGAAUGAGGUUGAACAGCUGGCCUGUAUAAUGGAAGUAUUCAGUUUACCGGAAGAAAACUUUCUAAAUAAAGCAACGAGGAAAAGAUUAUUUUUUGACUCAAAAGGAAAUCCAAGAUCUACGACAAACAGUAAAGGCAAGAAACGGCGCGUGGGCGGCAAAGAAUUGCAGCAAGUUAUUAAAACAGGAGAUUACAAUUUUCUUAACUUCAUCAGAAGCUGUUUACAUUGGGAUCCUGAAGAGAGAAUGACACCGGAUGAGGCAAUGCGGCACGAAUGGAUUCGAGAUUCAGUAAAUGUAAACAAAGUACGAAAUAAUAGAACGAACACAAAAAUCAAACAUGAGAAAGAAAGAAGAAGAAAUAUACCACCAAAAGGAAUAACUACUGGUUUCGUUAUGCAAAAGGGUAAAAGUCUCAUUAAACUCACAGAAAACCAUUCCAAUGAGGCUGAGACAAGAACAGAUAUUGAACCUGCUCAAAGUUUUCUACCUCCUAUAAGUAAAAAAUCAUGACUAAAACGGCAAAAAAAAUUAUUGUAAUAAAAAAAAAACUAAAUAUA